AAUAACAAAAUGGUGGCAAUUCACAGUUUGUAGGCAAAUUAUUCCUUCAACUCACUAAAUUACCAACACCAUGGCAAGUAACAGAUCCGUGCGGCGUGCCCAGGAACCCGUUACCUACACGUGUGCUUUGUGUGACACUGAAAACGAGGUACGAUGGUAUUGUAACGACUGUCAGGAGAAUUUAUGUGACCGGUGUAAGGAAGCCCAUACACGCGGAAAGAAAACAAAAAACGAUGACGUCGUAUUGAUAGGGAAGGCUAACCGUCAGGGUGACAAGCUUGUACCAGCGGUAUGUAAACUACAUCCCGGUAAACUGUGUGAUCUCUUCUGUUCGGACUGCAACGAGUUGCUUUGUUCGAUAUGUAUAUCUAAAACUCACAAACACCACAACUGGAAACCUUUCGAAGACGAAUUUUCUUCUAAAAAGCAACAUUUGAAAGAACAUAUGACAGCAAUUUCUGCUAAAAUAGAACAUUUCAAGAACGAGACAUCAGAGCGACAUAAUGAUAACGAAGGGUUCAAUGGCAGCAUUGAUACAGUGAGGAAAGAAGUGAACUAUAAAAGGACAAAGUUAAAGGCGGAAGUAGAUUAUAUCGCUGAUGCAAUACUCGCUGAAUUAUCGGCUUUAGAAAAAGAAGAAUCAACAUUGCACAAGAAAGAUUGUCAACGAUCAGAGAAAAACGUAGAAGAACUGAUGCAUCUGCUUAACGAAGCGGAAAUGACAGAUACAUCAAGCGUAUCCUUGUUUGAAACAGAAAGGUCAUUGAGGACAAAGCUGCCACUGUAUGACGUUAAUGUGAGAUAUGUUUCACCAAAACCACUAAGGUUUGUUACCGAAAGUAUCGACCGUGUCAUGUUGACAAAAACGUUUGGUAAAUUACACCAUGAGAACCAGUACGAAAAGAUAGACAUCGACAGUAAACACGUUCAACGUCUCUCUAAGUUUACUGUUACUCCACAAAAUAUAAUAAACAAUGUAUGUCCAGUUGACGACAGUCACGCGUGGUUGUCAAUGUACCAAUACCAGGGUCUGGUACUGGUCAACAAGAAGGGUGUGGUCAUAGAGACAGUACAAUUGGACUUCUGUCCGUCCAAUAUCACCAUGGUCGGGACAACCGACAUACUUAUGACCAGUAAUCCACGUAGUACAUUUGUAUAUAAACUAUCACUACACAACAAACAAGUGACAACAUUUGCUGACAUCAGACCACAUGACGCAUGUGACGUCAGUAUCAACGAGAGGGGCGAGGUGUUUGUUAUUACACAUACACCAGACAUAGUGGUACUGGAUCAUUCAGGUACGAUUAUAAGGAAGGUCACGACUCGAUCAAAAACUAUAGGUUACGUUGUUUCCUUGUCAUCGGGACGUCUGUGUGUAGUUCAAGCAAUUGGAGUAAGUUCGACUGAUAGGAACAUAUUGAUAACAGACGAGUCAGGUGCCGUCAUACAGACAUGGACUGGUGAACUCGACAACGGUCAAAAGGUCGGUAGUAUGAACCUCAGGAAAAUGUCAUGUGAUAAGUACGAUAGAGUCUUUGUACCAGAUAACCAUAACAGUCAGGUGUACGUCCUACCGAGAGACGGUAAACAAGCUAUGUGUCUCCUGGACCGGACACAUGGAGUGGUGAAACCUGCAGCGGUGGGUGUGGACACGUGUGGUAACGUGUGGAUCGGGUGUGAGGACGGCACCGUACACGUGAUGGACUGUAACAUGAGGAAAUAAUGAUAUACGGUACAUAUGUGCUCGUGGUACUAUAAUAUAUUGUAGAUCACCGAUGUAUGAAGUCUGAAGUAUCCUCGAAUAAGAAAUUAUAUGGAGCUGUAUCCAAGAUUUUUUUGUGUAUGUG